AUGCCUCCUCGGAAAGCUGCCAAGACCGAGUUUGAACCGAAGUCGAUGGUUUUGUCAAAGAUGACAGGCUUCCCAGCCUGGCCUUCCUUCGUUAUGCCUCCCGAUAUGAUCCCAGCUGCUAUCAUGAAGGCCAAAAAGAAGACAACAAACACGUGUGUUAUCUUUAUACCUGAUGGUGACUUCAACUGGAUGAAUGAGAAGGGCUUAGAGGUGCUAACACCUGCCAAACUUGAAACCUACUUGUCGAAAGUGCCCAAGGAUAAGCUUAAGAACAAAUCCAAGAAGAAAACAGGCCGCACGAAUAACGUUGCUGAGGCGUACAUUGCGGCGAAAGGCUUACAGUUUGAUGAAUUCAUGGAAGAGCUUGCUGCCGUGAAUAAGGGCGUUGCAGGCGAAAAUGACGAAGAUGAAGACGAAGAAGAGGAAGAAGUGGAUGAAAAUGGAGACGAUGCUAACGAUACCAACGAUGCAAAUGCGAAUGAAGAAGGUGCUGAGAUAGAAAAUGAAGAGUCCGAUUCAGAGGCAAAAUCCAAGCCAUUACCAAAAACCCGCAGAAGAGGAGGGUUGAGAAACGCCAGUAACAACUCGCGUAACGGCAAUGGCGUCGCUCAAAGUACUCUGGAAGAGGACGGGAAUGAGGAUGAGAUUGAGGACGAGUCUGAUAGCUCACGAUCUCGAAAAAGAACACGCCGUGGCUCUGCUUCUGCCACCAAGAAACGUGUUGUAUCCAAUUCAUCUGUUAACGAGGAGACAAACGGGAGCGGGAAUGGCAAGGGCCGUUCAGCGUCACCCAAACCUAUCGCUGAAAAAGAUAGACAGCAUCAGUUGUGGUUGUGCCGGAUCAAACUACAACGAUCUCUUAUUCAAAGAAAUCAACCCGCCACUCCCAAGGAUCCCAAGCUGUUCCCACCACCUACUGUUGAGGAAUUGCUGGUUGCUAGGUUGAUAUUGCAUCGUCUUGCCGACUUUCCAUUGAAUGUGGAGCUUUUGCGUGAGACCAAGAUCCAUAAGGUGCUCAAGUGCAUCCUUAAGGACGAAGAUUUGGCAUACGACGAAAGUUUCAAGUUACAUGAAAAGUGUAAUGAGCUCUUGGAUAAAUGGGCAGACAUGAUUGAAAGUCUCAAGCUUGAGAAACAGGCAAAAUACGAAUCCCGCUUGAGCAGCCAGGCGCCAGAAGAUCCCGAGACCAGCAAGAAAUUGCUCAAGGGUGAAAGUGCCGAAAAGUUGUAA